CUCAGUGGCUCAGCAGCGCUCUCAGAUGAAGGAGAUGUUAGGAACGCAUGCUGUUGACAUAGAUGUUUCCUCCCUGUUUGGCAGGGUGCUGUCCUGUGGGAUGGAUGACACCCAAGAGCAGGACCAGUACGAGGAGCGCCUAAAAGAAGUCUUUAACAGUUUUGAUGCCAGCGGCGCCGGCUCGCUGUGCCCGGAGGAACUCUCUGACCUCUGCCUGUCCCUUCACCUGGAUGAUGCCACACCAGCUCUUCUCCACACACUGCUGCAGAGCCAGGACUGCCUCACUGCCAGGGUCGACUUUGAUCAAUUCAAGAAUGCACUGAUUCUGGUGUUGUCAUCAACUAUUGAGCCACAACAAGCAGAACCGGAGGAGACCUUGUCAACACCAGAAUCUACUGAGAUCCAACCAAAGUUCGUGAAGGGCAGUAAACGUUACGGCCGCCGCUCCACGCCGGAGUUCAUAGAGCCCAUUUCAGACUUCUCUGAAAUUACGAACGCAAACCCGGCGGAGGAGGAGGAGGAGGAGGAGGAGGAUCUGGAGGACAACUAUGACUCGGCUGUUCCCCGGAAGCGUGAGCGCUGGAACGCUCACGAAACAAGCACAGAGGAGUACGAGGCAGAAGGCCAGAUGCAUCUGUGGAACCCCGACGAGCCGAGCACACCUCGGGGAGCCAUCUUUCCCUCGUCGACCUGUUUAGAGGAGAGACUGCGUGAAGCCUGUGACGACUUGGAGAUAUCGUGGGACGGAUGUGCUGGUCACUCCGAACUGCUCGCGCUUUGUGAACACCUGGGCCCGGAGAUAAAUGUGGAUGUGCUCCAGAGUGUAACCGGCGAUGGAGUGAUGAAUGUUCAGGAGUUUGUUUCCAGGGUUGUAAACCACAACAAACCCCCCACGCCGUCCGCCUCCACGCCCUACAGACAGCUCAAACGACACCACUCCACUCAGCCGUUUGAUGAGGGAGGCCGAAGGAUAGCCGCUCCUGCUGCUCUGACCAGCACCAUCGGCAUGCGUCUCUUCUCCACCCUGGACGACGGUACCGGCUUCACUCCAGUCGAAUACAUCCUGGAUGCCUGGAUGGAAGAGGGAAUAGAAAACAGUAUUGAGAUCCUGCAGGCUUUGAAUUUCAGCUUAGAUGGAAAACUGAGUCUUACUGAUCUCACCAUGGCCCUGGAGAAUGAGCUACUGGUUACUAAGAAUGGGAUUCACCAGGCGGCAUUGGCGAGCUUCAAAGCUGAGAUCAGAUAUCUCCUAGAGCGUGUAGACCGAGAGCUCAGGGAGAAAGAGAAAAUCCGAUCUGACCUGGAAAAAGCAGAGAAGCUAAAAACUGAACUCGCCACUGAGGUGGAUGAGCGUCACGCUGCGAUUGAGCACAUGAACAACCUCAAUCUCAGGAAGCUUGAACAGGACCACAAAGAGAAACUAGCAGCAGCACGAUCAGAGCUGAUGAAGGAGAUGGACCAGAUGCAGCAGCAGGCCGGCCUGCAGCGCGAGCAACUGGAAGCGGAGGUGGAGAAGAUCAGGGAUGACGAAUCUUUUCUCCGAGACCACCUCUCCAUCUCUGUGAAGGAAAACCGACGCCUUGAAAUGGAGUUGCUGGACAGCACCGAAAAACUAAUGGAGACACAAAGUCAAAAUACAAAACUCCAGACUAGUUUGGACAACGUUAUGAAAGAAAAGUUUGGAGACUUGGACCCUGGCAGUGCAGACUUCCUCCUCCAAGAGGAACGUAUUAAAGAACUACGCAGCAGCUACGAAGCUCAGUACAGGGAGCUGCAGGAUCGUAUCGACGAGCUGCAGUCAGAGUUGCAGGAGUUUCACAGUCUUGGUCGAGUUCAUCAGCCCUGCCACAAGCCUCUCUCUGAGGAGCUGGAGAGUAAAAGCCCCGGCAUGGAGUCUGAUCCAGGUAUCGGUUCAGAGGAAGUUCAGCCCUUCAGCAUGAGCCUCGAGGCAGAGAUGAUGUUGGAGCAGCUGAAGGAGCAACACCUUCAGGAAUUGGAGGAUUUGCAAAACCAGCUGGAAAGCAAGAUCACUGAGUUUGAUGAGACGGCAGGACAGCAGAGAGCGACCCAUGAGGACCAGAAGGCUGCCUUAGCCCUCCAGUACCAGCAGGAGGUGCAGGCUUUGAGGGAGGAGAUGGCCAGCGUUCAGAGCCAUGAACAGGAGCUCCAGAGCCACCUAGAGCAGGCGGAGCUGGAGCGGACGUGUCUGGAGCAGAAGCAAGCCAUGGAGAGGGAAGAGCUGGAGAAUCUGCAACAGGAGGAAGUAGGAACUCUCAGACAACAACUGCUGGAGGCCCAUACCUUCGUUGCAGACCUGGAGGAGCAGCUGAAGACCCUCGAAGCCCAGCAGACGGAGACGGAUGGAAACCUUGUCAACGAGAUGGACGAGCUGAGGAAACAACACGCCAUUGAGAUUAAGAAACUGGGUGAAGAGCAUGUAGAGCUUUCUGAAGCCAGACUGGAAGAGGAGAGGAAGAAACUGCAGGAAGAACAGGCUGAGUUGGAGCAGAGAUUGUUAGAUGAUUGCGAAAGGGAGAAAGGGCUGCUGCAACAGAGCCAUGAGGAUGAACUGAAGGCCAGACUAGAGGAAGCAAAGAUGAGGUUUGAGGGAGAGCGUGACGAGAUUGUGCAGAGGCUGACGGAGCAGUGGCAGAAAGAGAGGGCUCAGCUGGAUGAGCAGAAUAAUGAGUCUCUGCAGGAGGUGCUGGAGGAAGAGAUGAUGAGACUUGUCAGGGAACAGGAGGAGAAGGAGGGCAAGCUCAGGGAGGAGUGGGAGCAUGAACGAGCCCGGCUUCGGGAGCUUCACGAGGACGCUCUGCUCGAUCGAAUACUGCAAGAAAGGCUGCAGGUACAAGAGAAGUUUGAGCAGAGGGAGAAAAAGCUGAAUGAGGAGUGGGAGAGGGAGAGACUGCAACUGGAGGAGGAUUACGAAGGGAUGCUCCAGGAGAGGCUGAAUGAAGAGAGGGUGAAGCUUGAGACUGAGAAAGAGGAGGAGGAGGAGAGACUAGAAGGCUUAAUGGCAGAGGAGAGGGAUCGUCUAGAGGAGAGCCACAGAGAGGCCAUGAAGGAGCUGACGGUCAAGCACACUGGAGAGAGGGACGCUCUCGGCAGCAUGUUGGACAAACUACGAGAUGACGUCACUCAGGAGAGAUCUGAAGCCAGUCGUCUCGCUGAAGAAAACGUCAUCCUCAGGAAAAAGAUCGCAGUGUUGAAGGAAGAGGACUUGAAAGAGGUCCAGGAAGAGUUGGUACAAACACUGGAGCACCUACAAAAAGGGAAGAUAACGGCUCAGAAGGCAGAAGAGAAUUUCGAGAAACAGAUUUCAGAGCUGCGUGUGCAGAGCCAACAACUGGAGGAUGAGAACGGGAUGCUGUCGGAGAAAAAUACCCAAAACAUUUCUGACGUGGAGAAUCUCCGCCAGCAGCUGGCAGGACUGAUAAAGGACAACGAGAGGAGGGAGGCAUCCGCCGCUGAUGAGAAAAACAAGCUGGCAGCUUGUGUGUCUGCUCUGGAGGCAGAGCUGACCAAAGCUCUGGAGGAUGCUGCACAGCUGGAGCAGAGGAAUACCCAGCUGUCACUGCAGCUCUCUGGCCUCAGAGAGAAGGCGGUCAAAGUGGACUCUAUGGAGAGUCAGCUCAGCAGCCUGGUAGAGGAGCGGAAGAGCGCGGAUAAGGAGACCCAGGGCCUCUGCAGCCAGCUCGCCAAAGCUCAUGAGAAGGUAAAGACAGUGGAUGAAACUCUUCAAGCUGUGAACCAUCAAAGUGCUCGUCUCAAGUCAGACCAACGUGUUUUGCAGCAGGAGAGGGAUUCCCUCAAACGUGAAGUUUCCGUGCUAAACAAGCAGCUGCAAAAUGUCAACGAUAAAAACCACGUUUUGGAGAUGGCCUUGCACUCGAGUGGUCUCCAGAGUCAGAGCAAGAAGCUGUACAGAGAUAAGAUGUCUCGGCUGGUGGACCAGGGGCAGCAGCAGCUGCUGAGGCAGGAAAACGACCGGCUUCAGGUUGAAGUACGCAACGUCAAAGGAGACCUGGUGCAGUCCAGAGAAAAGGUGCGUCAGCUCGAUGCUACCGUCCUGUCCCUGAAGCAGCACAAACAACAGAGUCCGUCCUCGUCCCUGGUGAAGGCCUUGGAACAGGAGAACUCCUCUCUGAAGCAGGAGCUCGAGGCACAAAAGGAGCUCACCAAGGGCCGUGAAGCAGGACAAGGACUCGCAGAGCUGGAGGGCCUUCAGCAAGAAAAUGAAGCGCUCAGGGCCCAGAUGGCUCGACUGUCCACGCAGCUGCUAGAGACAUUUCAGGCUCAGUUGGUCGGACUCCUGCCUCCAUCCCCUCACAGGAUGCCCCGGGGACAACAUCGUGGUGAAGAGCCAGACAACAUGCAGGGGCCGAUGCCGGAGCAGCGGGCGGCUCACGCAGACAGCUACCGGCGGAUCGGUGGAUUGUAACCCCAGCGUCUUUCCCUGCUCUUCACUUUUUAGCCUCUGCUCUUCUUUCCUCCGUCCUGCUCUUCUUCUGGAGCCUAAAUCUGACCGUGACGCAUGGCGCCGUCCUUUCUGCAUCCUUAUAGGAGAUUGUGAACAAAUGUGGUGCCUGGUUCAAAAGGCAUGAAUGUGUAAUUGUAUUUCCCUGCUGCUAGGUGGCAGGAAAACACAGAAAAGGCUCCUGAGGUUUUUCCCAAUGGGAUUUUGAUCAAAAUUGACACUGAAAUUGUAAAGUUUCACAUGUCCAAUUUAACACCUACAAACACAGAGUUGUUUCUUGACAGACUUUUAUAAUCCUUUUGUGCAUUAAACAUAGUUUGAAUACAGGGAAUCUUUUUAACGCAGGGUGUAUUUUCUGGGAAUGAUCUGUUAUUGUUAUCAUUGUUUGAGACAGGGUAUAUAUAUAUAUAUAUAUAUAUAUAUAUAUAUACAUCCUCAGAGGCUGAAUCUUGUGCGACAGCUUGCCUUAUGAUCAUCGGGGAGUGUUAAGUUGAGGCAAGGUCACUGCCUAACAGCCUUCUGAGCCUUUUCCAACAAUCAAGCAGCCUGUAAUUGUCAGGUGACAUUACUGUCUGUGUCCAGUAUGAGAUUUCUUAACGACGGUACAGAGUUUUCACUGUUUGUCUUCUGUUGUUUAUGCCUGUAUUUCUUAUUUGACACUACACAUAGUUGAAUGUUUCUUCAAGCUACCUGUUGUGUUUGUGUGUGUUGCUGUUUCUGUUGCUGCUGCUGCUGCACAACCAAAGUGAAUCGCAUCUUUCUGGGUUAUGUUUAACUGUUCAAACACGUCACACAACUUUGAAUGUUUAUCUGGUAUUUAUUAUUAGAAAACCAAAUCAUUGUUUGUCCCCAGUAGUGAUCUAUUAUCUGUGUCUUUUUUGAGUAUUUCUUUAUUUUUGCACCAAAUAUAUUAUAUUUGUUUUAUUAUUUUGUUAUUUAUUUGAUUAGAAAUCAUGUUAGGAUUUAUUUUAUUUAUGCAUUAAAUUAUUUUUGUAGAGGUAUCUGGAAUACAUGGCAUAAUUUUAUACUUAUUUAUAUUUUAUUUAUUUUUUUUAGUGCGUUGUCCUCUCCUUUUUAGAAAUGUACCAGAAAUGAUUUAAUGCUGAAAUGAAGAUAAAAUAAAGCUUCUAGCUCAUUA